UCCAAGCAGAGACACCUUGACACUGCCUCCAGGGACGCCUGAAACAUGGCAGAAGUCCAAAAGGUGCAGAAGAAGACAAGCACCAUGUCCCUGACCAUCUCCUCUUCCUCCUCUGCGUCUUCCUCUCGAGAGCUCUCCUCCUGCUCCUCCAACUCCUCCUCCUCCUCCACCUUCCUCGCUCAGAGGCACUCCAGCCUGGUGCAGCCUCUUUGUGUCAGUCCUCAGGGGACUCAGAGUCCCAUCUACACUCAACAGUAUGCAGGAAGUGGAGUGGCCCCUUCUUUUGUUAAGUGCCUCCAUGACGUGUCCACAGUGAACGGUCAGCUGGUGGUCCUGGAGUGCAGACUGAGGGGGACUGCUCCUCUGCAGGUCAUGUGGUACAGAGAGGAUGAACAAAUUCUGGACUCUGAUGACUUUAGGAUACUACGAAAGAAGGCCAGCUCUGCAUCAGUGCCAGAGGAGCUGUGCACUCUGGUGAUCACAGAGGCCUUUCCAGAAGACUCCGGUCUGUUUAAAUGUGUGGCUAUCAACUCCUUUGGCACAGUCUCCUGCGCAGCAAUGCUGGAAGUUUACAAUGACAUGGAGGAGCAGUUAGAGAUGGAGGUCAUCCAUCAGCAGGAGGGAGCUCCUCUGACACACGAAGAGGAGGUAAUGUUCCCAGAUGAGACGAUCUCCUCCAGUAAAAGCACAGAGGACUUUCCCUCUGAGCUGCCUGACGCCAUGACCCUCCCUGCUCCUGAGUGGCCUGACAGCCCUCUGGAGGAUAACCUCCCCAUUGCAGAUUUUCCAGAGCCUCAGCUGGAUAUCCACUCCUGUGAAGAAGUCUUUGCUCACAGCGAGGAGGAAAGGGUCCUGAACUCAGUCAGCCUAAAGUCCCUGGAGGUCACGGUCGAAGCCUGCACACCCAGCCCUCCCUGUCCCCCCAGCCCACCACAGUCACCGACUCAGGCCACGGAGACAACCAAAACACCCAAGCUGUUCACCCCGAGCAAGCUGAACUUCUCUACCUCCAGCUCAGGAGGAAACAACAACAACAUGAACCUGUCGGACCUGCCUAGCUUCAAGCCCAGCACCUUCCCUCCCAGUGCCUUUAACUAUGAGAGACCCAGGCAUUUUAUCCAAUCACAGGCUGCCUUCCAGGCUCCCAGCUAUGAGAGCGUGGUGAGGGAGGCCCAGGAGAAGCAGAGCAACUCCCAGCAGAGUUUCAGCAGUCCUCUAAAUAGUCCUCUAAAUAGUCCUCUAAAUAGUCCGACUGUUACAGAGACUCAAAGUCAAGCUAAAGUGGUGUCUGCACAGAGUCAGUAUUUCUCACAGACUGAGUCAGUAUCCAAGUCCCUGUCACAGACCCAGUCACAGUUUCAGUCUCUAAACCUUAGUCAGAACCAGGCCCAGUCUACUGCCAAGAUCCAGACUCAGACCCAGGCCAACGGCACAGCCAAGUCCUCUCCUUCCUCAUCCAGCCUCAGCUCUCCUCUGUCCACCCCGGUCUUUUCUCCUGCAACUAAUCUUCCCUCCGCUGCUCCUUCCACCACUAACCCUUCCUCCCCCCCUUUCCCAGCCUCCUCAUCCUCUCUGCCCCGCACCACCAUGCGUUCAACCAUCACCCUUACUCCGAGUGUCCCCAGUGCCACUGGCCUCGGCAGCGCCACCCUACCAGCCAAUCAGGACACCAUGUCUGCACCUGCUGCCUACCUCUGCUCUGUGCUGCCCUCCAACUCUGCCUUCUCCCCCUUUUCCUCCUCCAAGCUGUCUCCCAACUCCAGCUUUCACUUCCCCUCCACCUCCCCAUCCCGCUCCCCCCUCCCUCCCACCAGCCCUACCCUCCCCUUGAGGGCCUCCUCCUCUCCUACGUCCCUACCCCAGCAGCCUCUGCCAGUGUCCCCUUCCCUCCCUCGCUCCCCUCUCUCUCCUCCUUCUGUCCCACAAUCCAACACUCUCAACAGUCCUACCAGAGUGCAGCCUUCUGUGGUCUCGCUGCCCGCCAGCUACAAGGGAACUCCAAACACCCUUCCUAAACCCAUCCUGAAGAAGUCUGUAGCUCCCCGGCCGUCUUCCUCUCGCUCCACAGACGAAGACAUCCAAGGCUCCAAAGACGCUCUGAUACAGGACCUGGAGAAAAAGCUGCGAUCUAAGGACGCAAGGAGACGAAGCAGCCAGAAACUGUCCUAUGAGGAGCGUAUGGCUCGUAGGCUGCUGGGUCCAGACAACGCCAACUACAUGUUGGACCAAGACAAUCUGUCAGACUCUCAACUCGACCAGCCAGAAUCCCCAGAAGGAAGACACACAGGUGGACUCUGGGGGAGGCGCCACACAGGGACAGAUGAGAGUAGGAAUGAGGGCUCAGCUAUCCAGGAGAAAUGUUACGCUCCUCGCUUUCUGCAGAUCCCUGCAGACCUCACAGUGGAGGAGGGACGCUUCUGUAGGAUUGACUUCAAGGUGGGAGGCCUGCCUACACCAGACGUCUGCUGGUAUCUGGAUGGUAAAGCCAUCCGUCCAGAUGACUACCACAAGAUGCUGGUGUGUGAAAAAGGGAUGCACUCAUUCAUCAUAGAGAUCGUGACGGUGCAUCACGCUGGCGUGUACGAGUGUGUGGCCAGAAACAGAGCAGGAGAGGGCAGAUUCAGCAUGAGGCUUGAAGUUUUAGCUCAGGAGGUUCUCCGUCCUCCCACAUUUGUCCAGAAGAUGUCGAACUCCAGAGCUUUGGAGGGCGACACAGUCAGGUUAGAGUGUAAAGUGGAUGCCUCUCCUUCACCACAGCUCUUCUGGAAGAAAGACAAAGACAUGCUGCGCAUCGAUCCCAACAGAAUGAGUCUGUACCAGGACGGGUCGGGCCGUCAGUGCCUGCUGUUAGAGAGGCUGACGAAGGCUGAUGCUGGUUGGUACACUCUCUCUGCCAUCAACGAAGCCGGCAUGUCCACAUGCAACGCCAGGCUGGAUGUCGGGACUCGCUCAGCCCCGCCUAUGAAAACAGCGCCCCCUGGAUCAAAGACGCUGAAGCUGCUGACCUCUCUGAGCCACGUGCCCUCUCUGACAGUGGAGACGCCCGCCCAGCACACCGCCCCGCUGUACGAGAGCGAGGAGCUGUAGCCUCAGACUGAACCCCGUUUUGUCCUCAGACCAUUAGCACACCUCUCAGAGCUUGUAGUCACUGUAUCAGGGCAGAUAGAGUCAGAGUAAAGAGUCAGUAACAGGAUACACUUCAGUAAACUUCUGCAGUGUCACCACGUCAGAUUGAAGAAAUAACACACAUUGUUGUUGUUGUAUUAUUGUGUGAGGUCCCUCAAUGCUUUGAUUCAUUUUACAUUUCUCAAACUAAAUGAUAUUUCAUUCUUGAAUGAAGGCUGAAACUCACAACAACCUUACCUCCAAUAUCUGGAAUCUCUAAAGAUCUCAUAUCUCCAAAUCAUCUCAAAGCCCCACAGUGUGCAAUCGUUUUCCCUCAGUGUUGCUCUUUUUGGUUUGUUUUUGUUCUCAAAUCCUCUGCCGUGGUAUAAUUCAGUGUUUAAAGUUGGUUUCUAAUAUACAGUGUAAGUGAAUUAAGCUAUUUAUAUUUUGAACUGAAGCUCUCAGUGUUGGGACUUGAAGCUGCCUCUGUCAUGGCCUGCCAAAUCCUGCAGUGGUGUUUAACAGGAAGGAGUCGGGCUGCCGUUCUGACAUCCAGCCUCCAGACUGAAGGUCAAACUGAUCUGCACUCAGAUGUAACUUAAAAGAGUUUACAUUUUAUCACUUCUGCAGCGCGGAGAAGAAAGCUUAGUGACUCUAUGCACCCUUCAUUCUUUAAGUCAGAGAGUCUCAGCGUGUUCCCAGAAGAGAAACCAUCAGACCGAGGCUUGAUUUACCUGCUUACCACAGCUUGUUGUCACUGCCAGGCAGAAUGAAGUCAUGAGAACACGUCGUCUGAUGUGCAUGUGAACAGAUUUAGGUCCCAAGAGGAAGUUCAAGAUUUAACUGCAUUUCCUUGAUAGUUGAGGUGUGGACCUCUGUGUGUAGACGACUUUGACCUUAAACUAAAAAGUGCUUUUCACUCUGAGCUGUGUCUGGAUGUUAGGACCUUUCUGUGUGACUGCAGGUAGUAGUGUGUGUUCUCCUCGAUCGCUGUUUGUUGUGUCAGAAGUUCUACAUAUUACAGGAUGAAUGAGGAAUAAAGUUAAUGCAAACUGAA